AUGGUGGUGAAAGUGCGCGACUGCCCUAUCUCCCGUACGGAGAUAGAAAUCUGCUAUCAGUGCUUCGGCAACCCCGAUGAUGGACUGCCGGUGGUGCUGCUCAUAGGCGGCCUCAACAUGCAACUCACCGCGUGGGAUGAGUCCUUCUGCGAAUCCCUUGUGCGCGCCGGCUUCUACGUGAUCCGCUACGACAACCGCGAUAUCGGGCAUUCCACCAAGAUCGAGAACUGUGGUAAGAUCAAGGCGCCGAUGCUGUUGCUGCCCGACCGCGCGGCUCAGUGGCUGGGCGAGGAGCUCCCUUAUCAGCUGGAGGACAUGGCGGCAGACGCUUGGGCGCUUCUCGACGCGCUGCACAUCCCAUGCGCGCACUUAUUCGGUAUUAGCAUGGGCGGCAUGAUUGCGCAGACGGCGGCGCUACAGGCGCCGGAGCGGACGAUGAGUCUCACGAGUGUCAUGUCGUCGACGAACGCGCCGGACCUUCCGCAGCCGGAGCUUUGGGUAAAGCUUUGGAUGCUGCGCCGACCGCCGCGCAACUGCACCGUCGAGACGUUACUAGAGUUCCGCGUCCACUCGCUGCGCCGCCUCCUGCGCUACGCCUUGCCCCCCGACGGCGAGUACCUGAAGAGGCGGUUCUUGAUCUCGCUGCAACGUAGCUCCUACGCGGCCGGGUUAGUGCGGCAGGCCGCCGCGAUCCGCCGCGCCGCCGGUCGCGAUGCACUGCUGCAGUGGCUGCACGUCCCCGCCCUUGUCGUGCAUGGUGCGCAGGAUGUUGUGGUGGCGCCGAUGAACGGCUAUCGGACGGCGACGAUGCUGCCGUAUGCGCGGUUGCUCGUGCUGAAAAGCAUGGGCCACUAUUUCCACCCGGCCUUCUUCUCGACCAUUAUAUCAGCCUUUGUGGACAUGGCAGCCUCGACAGAUCCUGCGAGGCGAUACCUGGGCUCGGCGCUGCCUUCCGCGAGUGCGCAGGAGCUGCCGAUAACGAGCGGCGAUGGCGCCGACGGCCAGGGCGUGAGAGGGAAGUCAGGAGCUGUGGAGGCGGUGGGCUCUGGCGAUGACGAGGACGAACCGUCUGCCGAGCCAGGCGACGCUGUCGAUCCGAAGACGCACAUGAUGGCCUCACUGGGCGAAUACAUUGUGCCAGUCGUCGCCGAUGCUGAGUCUCCGAUCGGAAAGGCGGUCUGCCGGUCGGUCAUGGUGGCGGUACCGGGUGGCAACAGCAACCCUGCCGUCCCGGAGGCCGUCAUUGUGGAGAAUCUUUUUCAGCGUGAUCCCUACGCAGCGGUGAGCGUGCCGACACCAGCCAUCGUGAAGCGGCCUGCGCCGCCGUCGUCGCCAGAGUCGACACAUCGGCGGACCGCAACUGCGGUACCCACGGGCGAUGGACUGAUGAUUGGUUCGUUGCAGGAUGCCAGCAGGAAAGUGCAGCCGUCGUCGUCCUGUGCUGCCAAGCUGCACUUAUCUCCUCCUUUAUCACCCAUGGGGGGCGCUAAGCAGUUUGUGCUCUGCAGCCCCUCGUGCUGGCAUGAGUUGGAGCCGUUCCCUCAGCGCAGCGCUGCUGCUGCUGCUGCUGUGGGCGGAGCUGGAACAGCGGAGAUCAGCAGAGGUGGGGAUCCUUUGGCUGAGAAGGCGGCGGAAUGGUUCCCCGGCUCUUCCUCGUCAGUUGCCCUGGCUGCGGAGACGUCCACUUGCUCGGCCGGUAAAGGUGUCGGAGCGGUUGAGGCGCCGUCGUGGCAGCGACUUCCUAGCUUCCACCCAGUGGUGGUGGGGGUCACCCUGGAGGAGUACCUGCGCACGCACCCGACAGUGCAAAAGGGCAGUGACAUUAUUCCUGCCACUGCUACGGACAGCACGGCGGUUGCCGGAGCUGGAAGGCCGAGCAAGACAGCUGUAGCAGUCAACGAAAACGUCGACACGACACUCUCCGUUACCGCGGCGAAUACAGCAGCGGCGCCUCUUGAUGCGAUUUCGGCAGCUUCACCGAUGGCGCCUGCUGUUGCGGGCACCGGAGGCGGUGCGGGAACGGUGGAAGCCGCGUAUGGUGAGUCAGCUUCCUUCUCCCCCGCGUCCAGCGUCCCAUCGGAGGAGCGUCGCGCUGAUGAAGCCUUCUUGCACUGCGAGGCGUCGCAAGACUUUGUCGCUGCAACCUCCUUCACUUCCCUGUGA